AUGAUACCGGUCGUAUUUCUUCUUCUAUAUGUAGUUAGCUGUUCUAUUCAUUGGGUUCGCACUGAUCUAUCAAUUUUAUCGUCAAAAGAAAGUCAAGCUUGGCUCGAUGCCGUUUCACAAAUCAAUCAAAGUACUGAUGAACCAUUCAUCACAGUUGUCGAACUAGGCGACUCAAUGGAGAUUCCUUUAUUCAACACUCGAGAUGUUAGUACAUACCAGAACCGACAUAUAUUUAAACAAAAUAUAAAUAAACGAGUUGAUUGUUAUCUUUUCGAAAAUAUCAUAAUUCCAUCGUCAUCGGCUAAUAUCUACGAUUCAUGCUAUGAAGCAUUAUUAACACGAGAAAUUGAAUCAAACACGGCAGGGAUUUAUGUGUAUACAGAUGACAAAUUCAGUUCUGCAUUAGGAUUGAUCAUUGUGCGCAUAACAAACUCAUUUCAAUGGUUCAAUGGUACGAAACCGUUUUCAUUUCGAAAACAACCAUCGAUCCAAAACGGUACACAACUUUCAUUAGCAUUCGAAACAACGAUUUACUACAAUUCUAAUAGUGAUUUACGAUUAUAUAACCAACAUAUCGAUGGUAUUGUUCAACAAGCAAAGAUAUCGAUCGAUCAUCCAGAUCAUUCGAAUAACGUUCAUACGUUUUUCGCUAUGGAUAAAUUAUCAUGUCAACGACACGAACAAAUCGCUGAUGAUAAUCUACGUUUACUGACUUUAGUUUGCUUGACGGAAGUUAUAUUUCAAUGUCCUCUAUCAUCUGGUUCAACCUGUUGGAUUGAAAAUAAACGGAUGUCAAAUAUUGUUUUGAAUAUCAAUGGAUUGGAUUUCGUCAGCGAUCGAACAGUUACUGUGCGAAUUGAUGUUUAA